AUGGUAGAGAUUCGACCGUUUCUCCUCCCUGCUAAUUGGACGCAUAGAAGGUACUACAAAAACCUACCCAAGGAGAAGAGAACAAGAUUCAUUGAUGAAAUGCAGAAUGCAUCCAUCCACAAAGAUGAAAAGCAGGUCUUGGAUAUCAUUCCUGCCACUUUGGAUGAUGUUCUUGGCACGAUACCGCGCAAUUCUGACUCUCGUAUUAUCUAUUGUUUAAGUGCACGAGACUUUCCACUUUCAUUGGCCAAGCGUUUCUUUAGACUCGCACAACUCCGAGGACUUAACUUCAAUAACAUUUAUUAUGUUAUCACCAUGUUGGACAGUAUCAGCAACAAUCUUGAUACGGAUACGUUUGCUCGCUAUAAGCAAUACUAUACCAUAAGUCUUCGAAAGUUCGUCGAAGAACUUGCGCUUAAAAUGAAGUUUGAUAUCUGCGACGAUCAUAUGUUUGUCGUUUCAGAUAAAGUCCAGAAACCAUUGUUGCAGCUCUACGAAAGUAUACCGUUACAUUCUUGUACAUAUUAUGUUAUUGGAGAGACCAAUUCGGGUAAAUCUAAGCUUUCUAAGAGACUGAUGAAGCUUGCUAUGAAAGAGGGGAAAUGUGUGAAACGAGUAGAUGAUGAGAACGGAGACUCCAAAGAUGAAGAUGUAGAUUCAAGACAGAAUGCAAAUCAUUUUUAUACGGUUUCUCCUUCACCGUUUAGAACUAGAAAGAACAUGACAUACUAUGCUCCACAGUUUGAUUUCACUCUUAUAGAUACUCCUGGAUACUUGCAGAAAAGAAAUGGGAUCUUUGGCAUAUUAAAUGAACGAUUGAGGCUGAACUUGUAUACGCAGUAUCAGGUAGAUUCUGCUCCUUUAGGAGUGGAGUUCAAAUCACCUACCACAACAGAGGUAUUUAGCAUAGGUGAAUUCUUCUUUAUUAAGCCAAGAGGUAUCACCGGCUUUAAAUAUCGAAGGUUUAUGUACGGGAAGCCGGCAGUCUAUUCUAGAUACUCUGCUGCCACUCGAAAAAUGGCCCGAAGUGAUAGACUCGUCACGCCCAAAAUGAGAAGGUACCUAAUCCCUCCAUUUAAGGGGAAAAUCGACUUGAUAUUUGAUAAUAUGGGCUAUAUAGAAAUAGAUAACUUCCAGGGAGACGGAAGUGAUUACUGGCAGAUAUUUGCACCUCAAAAUAUCAAGAAGUUGAUUCGGAUCCCCAGUAUGAGUGUAUCUCUAUUGAGUGGACAACUCGCGGACUAUGCUCCCUUCUUGGAGAUUCCAAUGACAGUCAAUGUUCAGGAUUUUAUAAGCGAUCAUCCAACUGAAAUGUGA